AGUGAAUAGAGCUUUCCUUCUACAAACCGGUAGUGCUGUUUUGAAAGACCUUUGAUUCAACGUCUAUGGCUUCCGCUCCCCCGGAAAAUAUUAACCGGCCAAUAUUUUCUCCGACGACUCCCCAUUUUUUCAAAAUCAUUCUAGAGGACACUUCCAAAGACAGAAAAUUUGGAAUUCCAAAGAAAUUUGUGAUGAAAUAUGGUGAAGGAAUAUCAAAUCCAGUAUGUCUUAAGCUUCCAAGUGGUUCAGAAUGGAUAGUAGAACUUAGAAGAUGGGAUGGUGAGGUUUGGUUUGACAAUGGUUGGCCAGAGUUUUCCAAAUUUUACUCUCUAGAUUGCGGUCACUGGCUGGUUUUUCGAUAUGAGGGGAAUUCCAAAUUCAAUGUGUGUAUAUUUGAUAAAAGUUGCACGGAGAUUGAAUAUCCAUUAACAAUGCCAAAGAUGGAACUAACUUCUCAUGAUGAAUCUCGUGACAAUUCUGCAAAUGAUUCUAGUGAUGAUUAUGGUGACGAUUUGAGUUACAAGUCCGGUGAUGGUUCUGGUGAUAAUUCUGCUAUGAUCUUAGAUAAAUUUUUACCUUGCCCAAGAAAAACAAGGGAGAAAUCUACAUUGCCAAGUCCUCAGCCUCACAAGAAAAGGAUAACAAGUUGGAGUGGAAAAUGUGAUUUUCCAACCGAAAAAUAUGGAGUCACGUCGUCUAGCACUCCAAGUGGAGAGGUUGUAGCUCUUCGGAGAGCUAUUGCUUUCAAAUCACAAAACCCUUCUUUCAUUGUUGUCAUGAGGCUCAGUUAUAUCAACUCUGGGCUCUUGUGGUUGCCAUCUGAGUUUUGCAAGCUACGUCCUAUUAAGAAAUCCUGUGAGGUCAUUCUUCAAGUUUCGGAUGGGAGAACUUGGACUGUUGAUUUGAGAUAUGAAGAAGGAAAGGCCACAUUCAGGCGUGGUUGGAUGGACAUUGUUUGUGACAAUAAUUUGGAACUUGGUGAUGUGUGUGUUUUUGUGUCAACUAGCAACGUAAAACCCUUAUUUGAUGUUUUCAUUUUCCGCUCUAAAGAAGCGGCCAGUUGUAGCAUUGAUGAGGGAAAAACAGUGCCUAAGAUGGAAGAAUCUGAUCAAGCAGAUGGUGAUUCUGUUCAAAUCUUGGAUGAGGAUUCUACUGAUGACUCUAGUGAUGAGUUUAGUGAGGAUUCUGAUAACAAUUCUAGUAAUGGAUCCAGUGAUGAUUCUUGUGAUAAUUCUGUUGUAAUAUUUGACAAAUUUCCAUCCCACCAAAGAAAAACAAGUAAGAAAUCUUCAUUACCAUAUCCUCAGCCUCAGAAGAAAAGCAGAACAACUACAAGCGGGAAAUAUGAUGUUCCAACUGAAAGUGGAGGCAGUAUAGCCCUUCAGAGAGCUACUGCUUUCAAAUCUCAAAACCCUACUUCUUUUGUUGUUGCCAUGAGUCCUAGUUACAUCAGCUCUUAUUUCUUAUUUUUGCCGUCUGAUUUUCACAAGGUACAUCAUAUCAAAAAGUCCUGUGAAGUCAUCCUUCGAGUUUCAAAUGUGGGAACUUGGCCCGUUGAUUUGAAUUAUUUUUCAGAAGGAAAGAAGGCCAAAUUCGGGCGUGGUUGGAUGGAAGUUGUGCGUGACAAUAAUUUGGAAAGUGGUGAUGUGUGUGUCUUUGUGUCGAUCAACAACAGCGCUAAACCUUUAUUUGAUGUUGUCUUUUUCCGCUCUGGACAAGCUGCAAAGCGUACCAAUAUUGACGGGGAGAAAACAGUGCCAGCUGAGAUGGAAGAAAAUGUUGAUGCAGCUGCUGAUUCUGUUCAAAACUUGUAGCCUGGGACAAAUUUCUGAAAUGAUUUCCUUUUGAACAAAAAAUAGCAUAUGUUUAGGAACAGUUUUUGCUUACCACUAUCAAUCUCGCUGUCUGCUCCCCUCCUAGUAGCUUGCCUUGUGUUCCACUAACCAACCAAUGUUAACUUUAAAAAUAAAUGUUUUUUCAAAAUAUUUAAGAAAACAAAUUAAACAUAACCAAAAAUAAAAACAAGAAAACCCAAUAGACCCAACCCUGAGAACCGUCCUCCCCCCUUCAUCUCCCCAAUUGUCUCUUUUAGGAAUAAUCUGGUAAAUUUGGUUUUGUUUGUUUAUCUCAGUCAACUAACCAAUUGAACAAUCAUUCUUCUAAGUGCACCGCAUGAUGAAUC